CGGUGCCAAACGUGCCAUUUUGCGGGAAUGAAUUUCUUCCACGGUUCUAGUGUUAAAUGCCUUUAUAUUUCUUGGAAAUCUGUCGUGGACGGUACGGUUCAUUGGCUGUAGUAGGAAGUAUUUCUAGUUUCAUAAUUGUUUGAUUUGCUAUAGUCCCAGCGGUGUUAAGAAAGAAAGGGGAGCAAAUGUCAUUUGUCACACGUACACACAUACACACACACAUACGGUUAGUUUGGUUGGGGAGACCGUGUGGAGGACCGUUUUUUUUUCCUCACCGGUUUUUGGGGAACAGGAAAUACGGCAUGGUUCUGGUUGAGACAUAAGCGUUAUUCAACAUAAUGCCGUUUAGCGUGUGUGUUUCUACCCGAUGUUGAUCGAGAAUCGCUUUUGUACAGGGAAGAAGCGCAGGUUUUUGAGAAAUAGAAAGAAAGAAAAAAAAAAGCUAAUGCACACGUACACACGCGCACACAUACCUUUAAAUGUAUGGACAUCCCGCGAAUGGACACCGCGGCGAUGCUUAGGCCACUCAUGCGUAGCUGCCUUGUAUACGCGCAUCUUACGUUAGCGCGUAAAAACGAGAGGUAGUGAGCGAUUGCGAUUAACCCGAGAGCGAGAAUGUGACCCGUUCUAGGAGGGGGCGUGAGUGAGACACCUGAACCAUCGGUCCACCGUGCCUGUGCACAGUGUACAGGAAUGUACCGUGCAGGAGCGAGCGAGCGGGAGCGAGAAAGAGAGAGAGAGAGAAGGCGCGAAACAGAAGGAGAGCAAAUAUGAGCAAAACCUGUAGAGAAGCCAUCAAGCUCACCUGGCUUAACGCACGAAACAGCACGAUCUAGCUGCGGUACGUGUCAGAGCGAGCAAGCGCGCCGCGCAUACUGUCGGUGCUCGUCCCGCACAGCAUCGGUACGGUUUGCCGCUUGGCGAGUGUAGCGUUCGGUCGGUGUGCUUCAGUUGGAGGUAGAACGUUGUAAAGAAUUAACGCAUCAUUCAUCUCUCCGUAACCGUGGGAGCAGUGCGUGGCGGACAAGGAACGCCAAGCCCCAAACAAGUACGCUCAUCUGUAGGAAACUGCAGACCCAACACUAAGGAAGUGCUACAAAUCGAAACACACCCCCGGGGGGGCACAUUUCGUUUCGUGGACCGAUGUACACGUGCGCGGUAUCUAAUUUUGGUGAAUGUUUUGCUGUGCGUGCGUGAACCCCGGUUACGUAAGGUGGAAAGUGUUUUAAGUGUUUCGCAAAAAAUCAUCAAAGGUGUGUAAAGAUUAUUUGCGGUUUUUGUUUUUGUCUGCAAAACGGUGCUCUAGAAUGUGCGGAUGUGAUCGUAUGUACCGGCGUGUUUAGGCGAGCUUUCACACGGCUGCUGCUAAUCUGGCGAGGACAAAACGGACGGUGGAAAUUAUUGGCGGCGGGGGGACGGUUUUAUUUUGUUAUUUCGGGCUUAAUCAAUCGAUCAUCUUUUCCAGUUCCGCGUAGCCCAACACCCCCGGUAUUGAUAGCGAAAACCCCCUAAAAGUGGGGUUAGUAAUUAAAAAAGAAAAGAAAUUAGCAACAAAAAUAAGAAGGUACAAUUUUUCCCCCGACGUGCUCGAGUGUCUGUGUGUGUGUGUGUUAGUGCGCGUGUGUGUGCGCUGCAGCUUAAGAAGCACUGGCGCGUGUACGCGCAUAUGUAUGUGGGUGCCGCCCCUUAGCACACAGCUGUACGGAAGAGUACGAGCAGUAGCAGCAGUAGGCGAAACAGAACAGCCGACGCUCCAAGCAUGCCGAAGAUCUUCCUGAUCAAGAACCGGCUCCAUCAGCAGCAGCUGCGGCUGGUGGAGGAGGCCCAGAAAAACAGCCAUGUCGGUCCGGGCAGUGGCGGUGGUAGCAGCGUGGUAGAUGACGGUGUCGGCAGCGGAAGCGAGGUGGGCAGCAACGAACCACUGUCGCUAGUGUCCCGAAAGCGCGAGCAUGAUGAUUCGUCCGAGCGCGACAUAUUUAGUGAAGAAAAUCGCCUUAGUCCGCCGUGUCGGAAGCGGGCGGCUUCACCAUCGCUAUCGAUCUUUGCCACGCCAGCGAAUAUCGAGCGAGAUGUCAGUUCGACCUCUGUCAACAUCAACACCACCACCACCGCCUCUACGACCACAUCGGGCGGUAGUAGCAGCAGCAAAGCGGUGGUGGCACCGGCAACUGCUGCAUACAGUAACACUGGUGGCAGCAGUCUAGCGGCCUACCAUCGAACUACAGCGCUCUGUCUACGGCACAGCGGUGCGUCUGCCAAAGAAUCGUCCACCUCACCGCUGAUUCUGCAUCAAUAUCAGCAGCAACAACGACUGUUGCCUGGUGGUGGCGCACGUCGUACACAGCUGCACCACCCACCAGCGCACCAAUCAGUGAAAAGUACCGCCGAGGAGAAGGUGUUGCAGGCAGGCGAGGAAGCGGAUGAGGAUGGUGAGAGUAGCAGUGAAGAGACCGCCGAUGCAGUUAGCACGCAACGGCCAGUUCCGUUGGUGAGUCGCAAACCCACCCAACCGUCACCACCAUCAUCACCAGCAGCACCAUCAACUACUCCUUCCUCACCACCACCACCACCACCACCGCCACCGACGCCACAAGGUUCGGUGGUGACCGGUGUACAGCAGCAGCGCAAAGAGCCACAGAAAGAUGCACCGACGGUGGCGACCAUUGCCAAGUACGACAAACGACGAUCGGCAAUAGUGAGCUCGUGUCUGCGAGUUACCGAAGGAGCUUCGCCGUACAUUGGACCGCGUGGUCACGUCCUUACAAACGCGGAACGUAAGGUUUACCCACCAACACCACCACCACUACCUCCGGUGCCAACGGACAAACAGGCGAGACAGCAGCAGGAAUGUCGCGAAUCGACCGAGGAGGAUGAGGAGGACGACGAUGAGGAUGACAACCACCCGGCACGUAUCAAGGACACGCGCAAGGAGUCGGCUGUAGUGGUGGCGGCCGAAACCGGCAAGUUAAUCGUACGCGACGAACCAAACAUACCAGGAAGCGAACAGUACCAGCGUCGACUGCGACUACCCUCACCGACGCCACCACCGGCAAAGGAUCGCGUACCGUCACCAGCGGUACCGUUCGGUGCCGUGGUACGUUGUUCGGUCAUUCAACGUACGCCGGCGGUGCGGAAAACGACACAGCCAGUGGACGAGGUACCGGCAACACUGCCGUCAUCAACGCCUCACACACAACAGCAGCGUUUGGACGAUAGUCCGCGUGCAGUGGAUCUAAAAGUGCGCCCGAUGGUGGUGCUUACGGUCGAACCGGAGCAGGAACAACCGAUCGAUUACCACAUUCCCAAGCGGCAGGAAAAGGAGGAGCAGGAGGAACGGCUAAUCGGGCGGCGCGAACGACAGGCCGCCAUUUUGCACAAUCAUAUGCCACCGUACCAUCAUCGGGGUGGUUCGUCCGCGGCUAGGGCAGCAGCAGCUGCUGCCGUCAUUAGCGGUAUCAUGCAGGGUGCCGCUGGACACGGUCGCUCCUCGAACGGUGGUGGAGGUGGCGGUGGUGGCGGCGGCCAAUCCGGCGGUGGUUCGAAUGCAGGAAGUACCGGUGCGGGCAAUGGUGGCGGUGGAGGUAUCAAUUUUUCCGCCGGCGGAGGUGGCGGAGGUGGUGGUGCACUCGGUGCUGGCGGAGCCGGUGGUGGUAUGGGGGGCCGGGAUGGCCGUUCCAACUACGGUCCAAACAGUCCACCGACCGGUUCGCUGCCACCGUUCUACGAAAGCUUGAAGGGUGGCGGUGCGAGUGGUGGCUUGAACGGGUACAACGCGAAUGGCGGCUUCCUGACGAACAGUGCGGCCAGCUACCAGCAGCUGCUCAGCUCGCUCGAGUGCGACGCACAGGAUUUGGGCGGUACGGGCGGAGGUGCGGGGCUGGGCAGUGGUGUUAUUCUUGGGCUCGGCACCGGUUUCACCUACGGCAGUGCGACAGACGGUAGCGGAGGCGGAGGAGGAGCUGGAGGAGGAGGAGCGGGAGGCAACGGUCAGCAAGGCAAUGGGACGUCGGUUGCGGCUGCUGCAGCAGCGGCUGCGGCCGUCAUGGGCAAACACUGUUCACUGAUGCUACACAAUCAUUUCGGGCUAGCGCUGAAGGAUGAAGUUGAUCUCGGGUACGACUCGAAGGUGGAUCCAACGCUGCACGGUCUGUAUGCGUCCGCCACCGGUGACAGUGUCGGUGGCAAUGGCGCUGGUGGGGGAGCCGGCGGUGGUACCGGAUCCGCCGGUGGUUAUGACGUUGCCGACUCGAUGAUGGAUAUGGGCGAUUCGAUGCAGCUGACAGCCACACUAACCACGUACCCAUCGUCGGCGGGCGGUAGCCCGAACGGACUGCUGGACGGCUGUUUGAGCGAUGCGGAAUUUUCACUCUACUCACGCGGCAUGCACGACGAACAGUCGAGCAACUGUAACGAUCUCGAGCUUACCUCGACACCUUCGCUGACGCCCGAUUCGGUGAGCGCUUCGCUGCACCAAAUCGACACCGUGCACGAUACGCUUGGGGAUGGAUAUCCCUCGUCGGGUGCGGGUAGCGAUCAGCAGCAGGGAGCGACUAGCGGUGGCGGUGGUCCGGGCGGUAACACACACGCCACCCAUCUUGUGCUGCCCCGCGAAUACACCAACAUGGCGGCAGCCACCUUCGGUGCCCAGCACGGGCUUGGUGGUGGCCAUCAGCACACGACGCUACAUUCGCUCGCGAGCAAGUACCACGGCGCGGCACAGGACGGUAAUCAGCCGCCGAGCUACUUACAGACGGCGGCAAACGGUGGCGGUUCGUACGGUUCGUUCCAGCCACUGUUGCGCUAUGAUCAGCUCGACAGCAACCUCUCGCUACCGUCGCCUGGCGGUGGCUCAUCGCUUGACUUCGAUCUGCACCAGAGUCUGCAACCGUUGCAGGGUCCGUUCGCAAUGAACCUGCAGCUGGCAGGGUCUGGCGGCCAAACCAACCAUCUGCAGCAACAUCAGCCACCAUCGUCACACCAACGAUCGACCGGUGGGGUACGAUCGCCCGGCGGCAACUCCACCUCAUCGGUAUCCUCGUCCGCAUCAUCCGCAGCAGCCGUCGCUGCGGUGGCCAGCCUCAGUGCACACAACGUACCGGUAGCUGGCCCACCGCCAGCGGUACUCGCCACCACGAUACAGAAUCAGUUGGGACUUCCGGCCGACUCGGAACUGCAGUUUGUGAAUGGCGGACAUGGUAUCAAAAACCCGCUAGCGAUAGAGAACGUACCACUCCGGAUGCGAUCCGAUGAUAGGCAUGCUGGCGGUAAGCAGCUGUCUGGAUCGGCCGGCACGAAACAGCGCAAUCACCACCACCAUCAGCAGCAGCAGCAGCAGCAACAACAACAGCAGCAACAACACCAUCAUCAACAGCAACAGCACCAGCAACAGAUGCAGCAGCAGCAUCUGCAGCACCACAUCGAGAAUGGUUCAAACGCGUCACCAUCCUCCGUUUCAUCUUCUUCCUCGUCGUCCGCUUCCUCGCCGAACAGUUGCGGUUCGCCCGGUUCGGUUGCGACGAACGGUGGCAACAGCAAUGGCACGAACGGCGGCAGCACCAACACCGACGACGAUCAGAACCGCUUCGUCUGCCGCAUUUGCUCGAAAACCUUCAGCUUGCAGCGACUGCUAAACCGUCACAUGAAGUGCCACUCGGACGUCAAACGCUACCUGUGUACGUUCUGCGCGAAGGGAUUCAACGAUACGUUCGAUCUGAAGCGUCAUACGCGCACCCACACCGGUGUCCGACCGUACAAGUGCAAUCUGUGCGAAAAGUCCUUUACCCAGCGCUGUUCGCUCGAAUCACAUUGUUUGAAGGUGCACGGUGUACAGCAUCAGUACGCGUAUAAGGAACGCCGAACGAAGAUGUACGUGUGUGAGGAAUGUGGCCACACGACGAACGAACCGGAAGUACACUAUAUGCACCUGAAGGAAAAGCAUCCUUACUCGCCGGCACUGCUCAAAUUCUAUGACAAACGACACUUCAAGUUUAACAACGCGGCGUUUGCAAACAAUCUGCUCGGUUCACUCCCGAUGCCGGUACAUAACUGAGAGGAGUGCAUGCAACCUCUACAGCAACAAAAACAAUCAUCCCUAAAACCUAGCCACGGGAUGGAAAAAUAAACGGGAAAAUGAAAACGAUCUAUGGAAGACAAGGAGAUGAAAAUAACAACGAACUGAAUGCGAUCUAAUCGGGAUGAAAAGAAGUAGUAGGAGGGAUAUGCGAAGAUAGCGUGAACAAGAGAGGGCGAGAGGGAGAGAGAAAUCGCGCGCUUCCGCCCAGCUAAUACGGGUUUGUAAACGAUGUAGGAGAUACACAGUGUGUAAACUGAAACACCGUACACCGUAAAGGCUGAUGGUGGAGGCGCACGAGCAGAGUAACCAACUAUUUAUUUCUUGAUGCAAUAUAUUAACAUUUAAAAAAAAUAUUAGUUUAAGUUAAGCAUUUUCUCCGUAUAAAAAGUUAGUUUCUUGAGAAGCGCUCCAACGCGAACGUAGUUGAUAUAGUUACACACUUAACACACAUACACACACACAGUUACACAACGACACAAACGCGUAAAAAUACCUGCAAACUGCGCAAUUAGUAUUUAAGUCCCUUAAAAAUUUUUGUUGUUUUUUUUUUGUUCAUUUAAGCUAGUUUUUUUUGGGGUCGGUCCGGAGGUGUAUGUGGUAGCGGCGCUGGUCUUACAUGACAGCCAGGAAAGGGAAGAAAAGCCACACUAAAGCGCAAGCUUUGACCUCUUAAGGUUGUAGUGCGGCAAAAUGAAAAAGAAGCUAGUUUUGUCAAGUGCAGUUAAUUUCAUUUUUGCUUGUUCUCAACCAUUAUUCAACUUAGUUUCAAAAUUUGUUUUAAUGAUUGGCGGCGCGGCAUAAAUUUCUGCAGUAGGUGUGUUAAUAAUAGAUGCUUGUUUAAUUGUGGUUUGUUUUUUCAUGUUCUUUUUUUUGUUUGUUUGGAUGUUCUGCGCUGCAAGUUAACAUUCCGAUUGCGCUCUUUCUUUGUUCUGGUGUUAAAACUGUUUUAUUUUGGUGUUGGAAAAACUGUUGAAUUUCCUACUGCUCGCGAGAAGCUCCACGGCUAGUGGGAGGGAGAAAACGAAACGAAUGAAACCUAGUGAGAGACACAGAGAAACGGGGUGACCAUUGUAUAUAUACAUAUGAAUGCGAAAAAGUUAUUUUAUAAUAUCGAAAAAAAAAUCCUCCCCACUCUUAAAAGCGGAAACAAUUUAUUCCAAACAUUAAUUUUGAUACAAAUUCACAUAAUGGAAGGAAAAUAUCUAUUAUUUUGUUGUGUAUGAAUUCAAAUUAAUUUCCAUAGAAAGUGACCGAUUGACAGGAGGAGGAGGAGGAGGAGGAAGAGAAGGUGGAGGGUAAGAGUGUAAAAGAUUUCGAAAACCCUUUUUGCUGCAAAAUGGAACCGUUCGGGAUUUUUGUUUAUUGAAGUCACGAAGCGCCGAAAGGCACAAUUGAAGAGGUAUCUCAUAUUUAUGUACAGUUAAAAACAACGCAAAUACAAAUUUAUGCUAUUUAUACCAGGGAAUAGAAAAGUAUAUUUGCAUUUACACAUUUUUUGUUUUUUUUUUUUAAAGUAAAAGUCUAGUAAGCCGCGUCGCCCUCGAUAAAGCGACCCGUAGAGACAGCGGGAGACAGAGGGAAAAGAAAAAGAGGAGAGAAAAAAGUCUUGAAAUAUAUAAAAUGCAAACAAAUCGACACACACAUUUACACACAAACACACACUUGAAAACACAUAUACACAUCUAACAAUAAUAAUGAUAGUAAUGUAAAAUGGAAUGAUGCAUUUAUUUGAAUUUGAAGUUUGAUUUUGAUCAGAGAAUUAAGAUAAAAGACAAGGAAGAUUUGAUCUUGGAACGCAGAACCAGGAGUCUUAGACUGUAAGAGAAAGCGAUAAAGCAAGAGAGCGAGAGGAGAGAGAACAGAGAUUAGUGAUGUGUGCAAGAGAUAACAGAAUGAUGCAUGCUUUUGAUUAAGUUUCCUUUUUGUUUUCGCUUCGCUCAACUUAAUAUUACGUACUCGAAAACGUGUAAUUUCAGCUUAUGAUUGAUGCAGCAACAAAAUCGACAACAUUUUUGUCUUUUUUGUUUUGUGCAAAAACUUAUAUUAAUUAUAUUCUUUAGUGUAGCAAAAUGUGGAAUGGAAUGUCGACCGAUAAGCAAGGAAAGUGGGAUGAAUAAUUCAUAAUGCAAUUAUAAUGAACAGAAGAAAAAGGGGAGAGAGAAAACUUCAAAGGAAUAAGUGUGCUUGUGCUUGUGGUUAAGAUGUACGUGUGAUGAAGCUUGGUAGGUGUGGUGUAUGUGACUCGAAAAGAGAAUAGUAUGAAUGAUCUGAUUAACGUGAGCAAGUUGACGGAGAAUGAUGUGAACGAAAGAGAGGAAGGGAAAGGUGAAAAGAAGAGGCAACCUGAUCCUGAUACAGAAAGGACGCGGCAAUAAUAACAAACAAAGGAAAUGCAUAUUACUUUGUUUGUUCUCCUUUGGGGUACCACUAUCCGGUGGGUUCCAAGGAGCUUAAGUUAAACUCAUAGUAUGUAAGGAUAAAUGGAAAGGAAGAGGAUCGAAGAGUGAAGCGGUAAAGAUCCUGUGCGUUUUGCAUGUGUAUAUGUGUGCGCGUGUGAAUGAGACAGAUUUGUGCGUGUGUGUGUGGAUGCGUUAAUCAACUCUUAUUCCAUACUGUCUUAUCCUUGUUCCUUAAAAAAAGAUAUUCUACGUUCAAUAAUAUCCUUGCUUUUAGUGUCCCAUUUUUGUAAUCCUUUUGUAUUCUUGUAAUGAAGAAAAAGGGGCAUGAGUGUUUUACGGUCCUUAAACAACCCCAUGGAAGUAUAAUUUAGACUAAAAAGAGCCCAUUAAAGAUCCUACAACCUCUUGUUUUGCUUACUUUCAGGUGUAAUUUAGUACACCAAUGCAAGAGAAUGUAUAUGGAAAGCAAAUUUUGUCUUUUGAUGUAUAUUUCCAACUAAGCAGUAACAUAGAAAUACUACUUAAAGUAUUAUUAAUUUUCAUUCACAUGUCUCUCUUUUACUCACGCACAUACACGUACACUUAAAGCUGGCUCACAUGCGCCACACGUAAGCUGAUGGUGUGUGUGUACACUUUUUUAAAUGUAGUUUUGUUUUUUUAGUGUACACACACACUCGCGCUCACAUACCCGUACACAGUAGAGCAAUAUGAGUUCAUUGUGUGCGUACGUGUGUUUGUGUGCGCGUAAACCACAGGCAAGAAUAGUCGAACAGGCGAAGACAGUGGAAGUUGGGAAGAGAAAAAAAAGAAACUAAAAAAAACAACAACAACUAGGAAAACAUGAGUAUAAUCGGGGUUUUUCGUGCAAUCAACAUUAUUUUUCGUCGGUGUUGGAUUAAUUUAGUGUAUAGUUUGAAAAAAAAAAAACAACAAGAAGAACGGAACAGCGCUGCUGUGUUAAUCAUGUACUAUUAAGCCGAAAUAUUACGCGAAACAAAAUGGAGGGAAGAGAGGAUGUGUGAGAAAGGAUAGCGAUAGUUGUGCGUGUCUGUGUGAAAAAGAAACAGAGCGAAAUGGAUCAGUGUGCAGCUGUCAGUUGUUCGGACACUUAGUACUUAACCUGCGUUUCACUCCAAUGCCUUUUAGUGGACAUACUACAAACGAGCGAAAAAAUAGAGUAUGCCUGAAACGCAAAACUCUGAUAGAGAGGGAGAAACAGGGAGAGAUACGGUAACUGGAAAUGCAUUUAUUCUCUCUUUGUCGUUUGAUGUGUCUGGACUAAUAGAACAGGCGAAAGAGAUAAAGUAGCACAAACGCAUCCACGUACAUUUUCCACGCAUCCUCUCGCACUCGUAACUACACACUCAUACACACUCACGCACCAACGAUAAACAAACGAGAACAUGAAGGAAAUAGGGGAAAGAGCGUGAGAGAGAGAGAGAAAGAGAGAGAGAGAGAGAGAGAGAGAGAGAGAGAGAGAAAAAAAUGGUUGUGCAUUUUCAAUUGUAUUAACGUACGGGUGUGAGUGUGUGUAUCGGUGUGUGCGAACGAGUAAGUGACGAAUAUCCUAUCUUUUAAGAAGUAAACUAUAUGAUGGAGUACCUUUUUAUCUAGUUUUGUAAGGCAAAAUGAUGGAACUAAGCUAGGACACAAACAAUACUACUGAAUCGAAUCCCGCAAUUACUGUAAAACACACAUACAAUCGAAGCCUUAAUGAACCCCACCAGUCGAGCAAAGUCGAAUCUCAAAAUAGUUAAAUCAAACAAAUAAGGAAACACUCGCACACACGCACACACGCAAAGACAUAAAAGAGCUUUUAUCCUUUGCCCGGCCACAGGGCUUAAUUUUUCUUUUGGGUUUCCCCCCCCCCUUUUUUCUAAAAUAAUUGAACAAUUACGGAACCUGUUGCUUAUUUGCGGAAACUGCCUAAGUAUUUAUAAAUUAUGUUCUAAUUCGAAUGCACGUGCCUGUUUGAGUGCAUUUACGCAUUGCGAAUCCACGAUACAGUUCAGAUCAGUUUAAACCGACAAUGAACAUUCCUCUUUAAGAGAAAAGCAAAAUUCUUAACUAAACGCUUUCCGAGCAUCGGCAGCUGAUACAGACCACCUUACCUUCCUAACACAAAACCCACACAUCAGGGUAAAAGGAUCCCUGUUUGCUCCUCUGGUUUUUUUAUGUUUACUGUUUGUAUCGCCAAAUAAUGUUGCAUUUAUAUAUAAUAAAGAACAGCGAGGGAAAAAAAGAAAAGAAAAACAUCUACACACCACACAUCUAGGGAAAUGCACAAUACAUCCAAUAUGGCGGAACACUUACAGAACAAAUCUGGCAGAACAAUAGGACAGAAUAAUAAAAACAAGUGUCGUGUGUGUGUGAGUGUCGGAUCGUGGGGUUUCCAUUCACCACCACAACCAAACUCACCACUAUCAGCAAUAGAGAAUAUGAAACAAUGAAAUAAACAAUGAAUUAUGUGUUAAAAAUCUUAA